GCUACAGUGUGCGAAGUACACUGCUAGCCUGAACACCUCACGAGGUGCUAUUUUUAGAGAAAUUUACUUUUUAAUAAGUACCAUCCGCCUAAUUGACUUUGUGAAAACAAGUAACGAGUGUUUAGUUAUUAUAGACCGUACUAAUGAAGACUCCGUCGCAUAAAGAGCUUGAUGGCGAAAAAUAAGGAGAAAUCGAACCUCAGUGUCGGAGGGAAGGAGUGGAGGGAGAGGUCCGAGCCACUCUUGGCCGUGCCUGAAGAUGAAAGAGAGUCCCCGCACUCGCUACCGCGGCUCAGUGUGGUGGCCCCUUGCAGCCGCAGCUCCAGCGCAGACCCCAUCACGCCGCCGUGUCCGCCCUCGCCGCAACCGCCGCCUGCGCAGCCCAGGCAUCCUCUCUCACAUGGCGACGAAUCAAUGACAGUGGUCCUAUCAGCGUUUUACGCGAAAUUGUUAAUAGUACUGGGGGCGGCUUUGCCGAUAACAAGUACGAUACAGAAUGAGCUUUACACAAGCCUCACCUCAGACAUCUUCACAAUGUACUUGUAUAUCGUCAGCAUGAUGUUUCUGGCGUAUACGUUCUAUCAUCUGCGGAUGACAAGGAAGGAUAAGGGUGAUUUAGGCCACUUAAGACCGCUCCCAGUCGGGAUUGGGGACUUUGGAGUGACCAGACCCUCCAUACAAUAUUCUCCUCCUUCUCAAAACGUAAAGCGCACCCGUUACGGCAGCUUCUACCUGCACAUGGGGGUGUGUGGGUUCAGCGUGGGCUCCGUCAUCUACUCCUGCCUCCAGUUUGGAGGGUACUUCGACCUGAGCGGCGACUGCCAGCUCGCCGUCGUCGCUAUCAAGCCUGCUGCGAGGAUUCUCUUCAUGGUGGCGCAGACUGUCUUCAUAUUCUCUUAUACGGACAUUCUAGAUCCUAUGCGCGGUGUGGUCCUCGAUAGGUUCGGGUUAAUGCACCUGAUAGCCACCAACGUCUGCGAGUGGCUGAACGUCGUCAUCCAAGAAACUAGAGACGACAUCAUAGCAGUCGCUUACGAUCGACCAGCCCUGCUCCGUUACGCCAACAUCAGCGGCCCGGCCAAAGUUGUCAUAGCUGACGAAAUCGACAACGUAACUUUUGUAGAACACCGCGAAGAUUUGACCCUCAAUCUGACAAAUCUAGUUCUAAAUUUAACAGUAAGGAAUGAAAGCUGGCAAUGCAAUGUGUCGGAUAUGAUAACUCCUCUAAUAAGAGCGGUAAAUCCUUACUUAAGGCCUUGCGGUGUGGAGUUUAGUCUACUGUGUUCAGUCAUCAUUGCUGUUAUAUGGAAUGACAUUUGCACAGUGCCUGGAUCUAAACCACUUAGAGAGACGAUGAACCUAGCAAAAGACAGGCAGUGUUGCGCACGCGUCAAGUCCAGCAACCAUUUCUCAGUAGACUGCGGCAGCGCACAUAAAGGCCUGUUCAUGGGAGUGGCGGUGUUAGCUGGCACCAUAGUUAGCCUCAUGCUGUUCAACGGAUUGUUCCAGAAUGAGAAGCACGUGGAGCUUGCUUUACUGCAGAUAAACGUAUGGGAGACGAUCCUGUUCAUCCUAAUGACCCUGGGAUCCGGAGCGUGCUUGCAUCGCAUGCGCACGCUGACAGUACGCCGGGCGGUGUCAGUCAUGCCACUGGAACACGCCUUGCUGCUCGUGACGCAAUGUGGCGUCUACCUUUAUUAUCUGUUCCAAAUCAUCGGCGCAGGAUUCCUUAUACAAAGAUAUCCUGAAGGACGGCGAGCAACUAGGAUAAUAUCGCCGUUGUGUGCCGUGGUGCAAAGCUCCUGUCAAACCCUGUUGGUGUUGGACGCGUGGUCGCGGCGCUGUCACGGUCGCUCACGCCCAGGGCGGCAGCUGGUCACUUUCCUCCUCGUGGGCAACUUCGCGCUCUGGUUGCUCAACCGGGUCAAGAAUGCCAGAGCUGAGUUUCAUCCUUUACAGAUGGAGUUCUAUGGCGUGUGGGCGUGGACUCUCAUCACCCACGUCUCCGUACCCCUCCUCGUCUGCUACAGAUUUCAAGCCACCGUCUGUUUUUAUGAAAUAUGGAAAAAUGCCUAUAAGCGAAAUAAAUAUGACAUUGAACUAGAAGAGUUUGAAUUAAAGAAUCAUCACGUAGCCUAAA